AUGCAUUAACCACAGCCUCUCUCUCUCUCUCUCUCUCUCUCUCUCUCUCUGGACACAAGAACACGGACGACCCCUUCGAUGUGUUCCCCGCACAAAACCAUCCCAACGCUGCCUCUAGCAUCGCAAGCCCUAAGCCGAUUUUACUUGUUGGCGUUACCGGUUCUACUUAACGGCCAGGCAGAUCCUCCAUGGUUUGCGGUGGCAAGGCUCGCGCAUCUCCGCCAGUCUUUUCUCCUGGGUUCAGAUCGGUUUUGGCCUAACGGUUUGGCUAGGCAGCAACCGUGGUCGGGUUUCUUCUGGCUAGCUGCUUUGGUGGUGGUUGGCGGUGUGCAACUGGGUUUUGUCGGUGUGCGGUGGGGGAGCCAAUGGGGAGUCCGGAGGUUUUGGAGGUCGGUGGCUGUGAUGUGCUUGCAAGGGUUCGGGUGUUUUGGGCUAAAUUGAUUGGGCUUGUCCCAUUAUCUGGGCUUUUAGGAGAUUUAGUUGUUGAAGCUUAAUUGUUUGGGUUUUAUCCUUUGUUAUCUAGGCUUUUAGGUGUUUUGGGCUACAUCUCAUAUAUUUUAUGGGUCAGUUCAUUUGGGUGUUUCUUUAGUUGGCAGGGAUUAGGUCUCGGACUAGACACCUGUUGCCAUUCUUCUUAUCCUUUUAAUCUUUGUAACAAUUUUGUCAUUAAAAAAAAAAAAGGUUUUCUUCUUCUC